CUCUUCUUCAAUUACUCUUCUCAGCAAGGAACUAGAAUCUUCAUGGCUGAUCGCAAGCGCCAGCGAGAUGACAAUGAUGUCACUACGCCUUCGAGGAAUCCAGCGAGUUCACCCAUCCUCGGCUCAUCGCCUCCAUUACCUUCCUCUGACUUGGAGGACAACGGCGUACUUGAAGACGAGAUGAUUUCUGACCUCGAGAAUGAGGACCUGGAGGGAGAAGGAGAAGACCUUUUUGGGUCUGACAUGGAAAAUGAUUAUGUUCAGAAUGUGAAGCUCGAUGCGUACGAUCCUAAUGACAUUGACGAUGAAGAAUUUGAGCACAUGGACCCUAGACAGCGUGCGGAAGUAGAGGCGCUUUUGGCGAGACGAGAUGCCGAGCGUGCUAGAGCCCUCGGAAGGAUCCCUGAGGCAUUUUUGGAUGAUGAUACGGAUCUAUUGAACGUCACCCACCGUAGGAGGCGCGUUUAUGAGCAAGAUUUAAUGGAAGAUGAUUUGGAUGAUAUGUCUAACGUCAUCUUGGGGCCUGAGCAACUGAGCGAUCAUAAGGGCUUAUCAAUUUCAGAAUGGGUUACAAAGGAAUUAACCCGCCGCACCAUCAUGUCAGAGUUCAGGAGGUUUUUAUUGGAGUAUGUCGAUGCGAAUGGAGAAUCUGUAUACGGCCCGUUGAUCAGAGCACUCGGAGAGGCGAACAAGGAGAGCUUAGAAGUCAGCUAUCGUCACCUAUCAGAUGCCAAGCCAACUCUUGCUUACUUUGUUGUCAACGCUCCUCAAGAAAUUUUGAAAAUGUUUGAUGCUAUUGCCUUUGAAGUCGUACAGAUGGAGUAUCCAGACUAUGGACGAAUUCACUCAGAGAUUCAUGUCCGUAUCACAGAACUUCCUAUUGUCUCCACCCUUCGUGAUCUUCGUCAAGCAAACUUAAACUGUUUAGUGCAGGUUACAGGAGUUGUCACACGGAGGACGGGCGUCUUUCCUCAACUGAAAUACGUAAAGUAUGACUGUGUCAAAUGUGGGGCUCUUCUUGGGCCAUUUUAUCAGGAUUCUCAGACAGAAAUUUCAAUUGGCAGCUGCACCUCCUGUCCCUCAAAAGGGCCGUUUACAGUCAACUCUGAACAGACCAUUUAUCGUAAUUAUCAAAAAAUGACCCUCCAGGAGUCCCCAGGCACAGUCCCCGCAGGUCGUCUACCUCGCCAUCGUGAGGUCAUCCUUCUCUGGGAUCUCAUUGAUAGCGCUAAACCAGGAGAAGAAGUAGAAAUUACGGGCAUUUACAGGAAUAACUUUGAUGUGGCACUCAACGCAGCAAACGGAUUUCCUGUCUUCGCUACAAUUCUGGAAGCCAACUAUAUAAACAAGAAGCAAGAUGUCUUCGCCAGCUUUAAAUUGACAGAGGAAGAUCGUAAAGAGAUUCUUCGUCUCGGAAAGGAGGAGAAUAUUGGGAAGAGGAUCAUCAAAAGUAUUGCGCCUUCGAUUUAUGGCCACGAAGACAUCAAAACAGCUAUUGCUUUAUCAUUGUUUGGUGGUGUACCCAAGGAUCCUCAAGGAAAACAUCGCCUUCGCGGAGAUAUCAAUGUCUUAAUGCUAGGAGAUCCAGGAACAGCGAAAUCUCAGUUCUUGAAAUACGUGGAGAAGACUGCACACAGGGCCGUUUUCACGACAGGCCAGGGAGCCUCUGCUGUCGGUUUAACAGCUUCAGUCAGAAAGGAUCCAAUUACGCGUGAGUGGACAUUGGAGGGAGGCGCAUUGGUGCUUGCGGACAAGGGUGUGUGUUUGAUCGAUGAGUUUGAUAAAAUGAACGAUGCUGAUCGUACUAGUAUCCACGAAGCCAUGGAGCAACAGAGUAUUUCAAUUUCUAAGGCUGGUAUUGUUACAACACUGCAAGCCCGCUGCUCUAUCUUGGCAGCUGCUAAUCCAAUCCGUGGUCGCUACAAUCCAGCAGUAACAUUCUCGGAGAAUGUUGAAUUGACGGAACCCAUCUUGUCGCGUUUCGACGUUCUUUGUGUUGUCAAGGAUACUGUUGAUCCUACUGUGGAUGAACGUCUGGCCAACUUUGUUCUCAAUUCACAUCUUCGAAGUCAUCCUCAAUUCUCACCUGAACAAGAUCAGCUUAGUAUGACACAGCAGGCUGAUGAUGAUAUUAUCCCACAGGACAUGUUGCGCAAAUAUAUUAUGUAUGCUCGGGAUAAAAUUCAACCUAAAAUUCACCAAAUGGACCAGGACAAGAUUGCUCGUCUGUAUGCAGACCUUCGUCGAGAGUCAUUGGCUGGAGGCUCCAUCCCAAUCACAGUUCGUCAUUUGGAAUCGAUGAUCCGUAUGUCGGAAGCGCAUGCAAAGAUGCAUCUGCGGGAAUAUGCUCGUUCAGACGAUAUUGACAUGGCGAUCCGAGUCAUGUUAGAAUCAUUCUUCAGUGCACAAAAGUUCUCUGUGAUGCGCAAUUUGAAGAGGGCAUUCAAUAAAUACCUGACAUUCGCCAAGGAUAGCAACGAGUUGCUGUUCUCAAUCUUGAACGAUAUUUUAAAGGAACAUCUGCGAUUCCUGCAGAUCAAGAAUCCACGUAGUGAUAUUCGAUUGGUUACAAUUGAGUUGGUAGAACUAAAGGAUCGGGCGACAUCUCUGGAGAUCCAUGAUAUCCAGCCGUUCCUAACAAGUAAGCUCUUUGCGUCAGGAGGAUACCGGUUCAACGCCGUACGUGGUGUCAUUGAACGACCCUUUUAA